UAUCAAUGUCGCAGCUGCAGUCAAUGGUGUUGCAUUUUGCAGUACUCUGUCUGGUCAGCUCUUCUUCAGAUGGUUAGGUGAUAAAAUGGGACCAAAAAGGGUCUACAGGUUAACUUUGAUGCUCAUGGUUGUUUGUUCUAUUGCCUCGGGAUUGUCCUUCGGAAAGCACGCAGGGGUUGUUAUGACAACUUUAUGUUUCUUUAGAUUCUGGCUUGGUUUUGGCAUUGGUGGAUUUCGGAUUUUGGCUGGUGGAAUUGUGGCUAUAAUUGUGUCAAGUGCAUUUAAUCAUGCAUUCCCGGCUCCUGCUUACAAGGAUAGUCCUGAAACCUCAACUGUGCCUCAAGCAGACUAUGUCUGGCGCAUAAUUCUGAUGUUUGGUUCUGUGCUAGCUGCACUUACCUAUUACUGGAGAAUGAAGAUGCCAGAAACUGAGGGGGAUAAGGUAGCAAAGAUGGCUAAAAGUCAGGGCGAUUCAUAUGGCUUGUUCUCCAAGGAAUUUCUUGGAAGACACGGUUUUCAUUUGGUUGGAACCACCACCACUUGGUUCCUCUUGGAUGUUGCCUUUAACAGUCAAAAUUUGUUCCAGAAAGACAUUUUCAUUGCAAUUGGGUGGCUUCCUCAUGGAAAAGAGAUGAAAGCAAUUGAUGAGGUCUUCAGAAUUGCAAAGGCACAAACUCUCAUAGCUCUAUGCAGAACUGUUCCAGGCUAUUGGUUCAUGGUUGCUUUAAUUGAUAUCAUGGGGAAGUUUACCAUUCAGUUGAGUGGAUUCUUCUUCAUGACAGUCCUGACCAUUUGUACUAAAGUUUGGACCAAGAUAUUGGGCUUGAAUAUUAAAAUGUAAGUUGAUAUGUGUAUUACCUAUCACUGCUUAUUACUAAAUAAGUUUUUUUUUA